UCUAUCCUUAAAACCUUAUUAUAUUGGAUCGUCAAAAAUUGGGUCUAAUCAAAUGUCCUAUAUGUACAUUCACAAAUCUUGUAAGAAAGAAUGAAAGAAAAGGGCCUAUAAAUGGGCCAUAAAUCCACAGAAAUCAAGCAGUUAUCUAUUGUAAAAAUAAAGUUGCACUAAAACACGUUUAUUAGUGACCCAACUAAUAAUCAAGCAGUUAAUAAAACCGACUAAUCCCUUUUAAACUUCCUCCCACUUCAUCACAUACACAAAAAAACCAAACUUACAAUCAAACUUACAGUUUCCUAAUUUUAGAGAAGAGAAAAAGAUAUGGAAAGUGAAGAGGAUGUUGAGAAAAGAGGAGCAAUGGAAAAUAGGAUAGUAAAGAUAUCUCAUAUGUGGGAUGAUUCUGAUGUUGAAUGGAAAACUUGGUUAAUCCCUAUUUUUGUAGGGAUUAAUGUCAUCAUUUUCCUUGUUACUUUGUUCAUUAACAACUGUCCUUCUCAUGGUGGCAGCCGUGGUUGCGUAGCGAGUUUCCUUGGAAGAUUUUCAUUUGAACCACUUCAUUACAACCCUCUCCUUGGUCCUGGCCCUCAUGCAUUAAUGAAAAUGGGAGCUAUAAAUUGGUCAGUGAUUGUUGAGCAUCAUCAACGAUGGAGGCUCAUCACGUCUAUAUGGCUACAUAGCGGCCUUAUUCACAUUCUUUUUAACAUGUUGACUCUCCUUUUCAUUGGCAUUCGCCUUGAACAACAAUUUGGAUUCUUAAGGAUUGGGAUUAUCUACCUAGUAGCAGGAAUUGGAGGAAACAUAACUUCAUGUCUAUUUUACCCAAGUCACAUUUCUGUUGGUCCAACUAGUGCUUUACUUGGGCUUAUUGGAGCUAUGUAUUCUGAACUUAUUACAAAUUGGACCCUUUACACCAAUAAGGUAAAGUAUAUUGGUAUGGCAGUGUGUACUAUAUCGUUGAUGUUUGUGAUCAACUUACUACUAACGGUAGUUCCUCAUCCACAUAACGGUGGUCCUCUUGGUGGGUUCGCGGUAGGGAUCCUUCUUGGCUUUAUGUUGCUGCCUCGCCCUCAUAUUGGGUGGUUCACCAGGCGAUUUCCUUCUGAUCUUGGUUCCAAGACUAAGUUUAAGCCCUACCAGUACGUGUUAGGGAUCACGUCUCUUGUUUUGCUCGUCAUAGGGUACAUAAUUGGGUUGGUAAUGCUAUUCCAUAACUAA